AUGUGGUGGAUUGUUGUGGUUUUCGCUAGCGUUGCUGCUGAUUUAUGGACAGAAACAGAGCGAAUCAGCGAUUUACAACAAUGGCAUGCGUUAUGCGGUCGUUACACGGUGGCGAAGGCUUAUAUGGAAGACAGUAACGCCAGGAUUACGGUGUUUGCACCGGUCGAUGAUGUCUUCACUUACAAUCCAGACAUUCGAGCUCUUGACCAGAAGGAGACACUUAGUCAUAUCGUGGAUACCCAAGUGGUCGAGAUUUCUCAAGGAAAGCGAUGGGAAAAACAGACGCUUAUCCGAUCGACAAUCAACAGCGGUUACAUGUACAUUACACAGUUCGAGAACAAUCCAGGAAAUUUUGUACGUCAUCCCAGUUAUUCGCGAUUUCGCGACAACUGUUCUGGUGAUAAGGGGCUUGGAGGGGGUGGUGUUUAUUUUUUCUAUAUCGACGAAGGGAAACAUUAUAUGGUGAUUUUCAUAGGAAUAAGGUUCUGGCAAGAUCGG